CCUUUUCAAGCCUGAAGAACUCUUCGGGAAUCAUUUCGUGUUCAAAAUAUCGGUCCAAUUCUGAACCAAAAUCUCUCUUUUACACAAAGCAAAUCUCUGCUCGAGAAACCCUCUUCUCCAUUUGUUCGUGAGUUUGAAAAAUAUCUGGAAAAAAAAACAAGAAGAAACCUAAAGAUGAAGGGUCCAAUAAAGAUUGCAAUCGGUGACAUGGUUAUCUCUUUCAUGUGGGCUUUCGUUUCAUCGUCGUUUGGUUUACUGACUUAUUUGAUAGCCAGCACCGUUGGUGUCCAAUCCUUAGCUUGGGCACCCCUUGUUAUCAUUACCGUCGUCUUUUUCGUUUUCCUUUCCAUGUUUAAUAUUAUUGGUGCAGUUCUCGGUGGUGCAAGUUUUGAUCCUACUGCUACUGCUGCCUUCUAUGCCGCCGGCUUCAGCGACGAUACCCUUAUUUCCAUGGCCCUCCGCUUCCCAGCUCAGGCUGCUGGUGCCUUGGGUGGUGCCCUGGCGAUCAUGGCGGCGAUCCCGGAGCAAUACAAGCACCUGAUAGGGGGACCAUCUUUGAAAGUAGAUGCACACACUGGAGCCAUUGCUGAGGGGGUCUUGACCUUUUUAAUCGCCUUUGCUGUUCUUUUUAUCGUUCUUAGAGGCCCACAGAGUCCGAUAUUCAAGACAGGGUUGAUUUCGAUUGUGGUCGUAACAUUAGUAACGUUUGCCUCUGCUUACACUGGACCUUCCAUGAAUCCUGCAUUUGCCUUUGGUUGGGCAUAUGUGUACAGCCAGCACAACACAUGGGAUCAUUUUUAUGUUUAUUGGAUCUGUCCGUUCGUCGGAACUAUAUUGGCUGCGAUGGUUUUCCGGCUAUUCUUCUCCCCACCACGAGAAAGUGAAGAAAUCAUAAGGUUGCUUGAAAAGGUUCGUGUGUCCAUCAACAACAGAAAAUAAGCUCAACGUUUAUGCAAUAAGAUCUUUUGAUCUGAUCAUCAAUACCCGUCUAUCAUCUGUGGAUAAUAUGAACCUGUCCUAUAGUCUUUUCUGCAUUCCCUUGUCUGGUUGGCUGCGAAUUAUGUGAACAAU